GGCACGGGCCUUGUUCACAGUGUGCGUGACUGACGCUACAGGUUCCACUAAGCGCAUGUCUGACCCCAAGGGACGUGCUCCUCCAAUCGAAGAGCCCUACUAUGCAAGCUCGUAUCAGCAGGGGAGUAACGCUGCCGCCGUUGCUCCCGCGCCAGGACCGACCACGAAUGACGAAGACUUGGCACAGCGACUCCAACAGGAGGAGUUUCGAAACGCGCUGCCGACGGCGAGGGGAAUGCCGGAACAAACCGGCGCUCCCGGCACUCGUUACGUGGCGAUAUUCCCCCCUUCUGUGCCGUUCGAUCCAGCCGACCUCGGCGUGGCGGGGUUCAUGGCUCCGCACGAAGCGAAGCUUAUGGAGGCAUCUUCUCUGGCGAAGACGAUCCGCUUGCUGGCGGUUUUGGACGGGCUGAUCCUCGUGAUCAAUUGCGGCUAUUUCCCUAUGCUGCUGCUCCUGCUCUUAUGGGGACCGUUGUCCGGUUGGAUGGCGGGGACGAGAUACUCAACGGCGUGGACGUACGCCUAUUGCUGCUACUAUCUCCUGCGUCUCAGCACGUACCUCAGCUACGUCUUUGAGGGUUACAUUUGGUUCAUUUUUUUGUUCGCCCUGAGCCUUUACAUCGCGCGCGUCAUCUGGAGAUUCGCAAAGGUGUUGGACACCCUCUCUCCGGCGGAGAUUGAGCAGCUUCGGAAUCCCACGGCGGUGUGGUCCGGCCAAUAUCGCAGGCAGCACCAGCAGCAGCAGCCGUUCCAGUCGUUGUGA